UCUGUGCUUUGAAGUUUGAACGCUCGUAAAAAUUUCAUCAAAAUAUUUUGUUUGUGAAAAGAUUAAAAUUACGUUGACGAGGUUUAUACCUAUUAAAAGAACAUCUUGAAUUGAUUAAUGAAUAUACUAUUGAUAUAUACAUUAAAAAAUUUGCUCAAGAAAGAGCUUCUGUAACAUUUUGCAAGCCAAUUUAUGGUGUGUGAUGACUAAAGAGAACUAUGGCUUCUGAUGACGCCUCGCUGGGCUUGGACCUAGGACGCUUGGAAAUAGAGAAAAGCAAAGUAAUUAAGAAGGAAACAAUAGAAAAUCCAUUUUUUAGUUCAUCACAAAAUAAAAAAAAACCAUCACUAAAUGUUAAAUGUUCAUGUAUGGUGCAAAAGCGGAAAAGUAAUAAAAAGCAAACCAAUAUUCUAAGGGAACCUUUUCUAAGACUGUCACAACCCUAUUGUAAAAACUUUAACAAUAAAGAUGUAAAAAAUAUUAAUCCAGAUCUGGUAAACUUACACACACUUGUUAAUAAUUGCAACCAACUGUGCAUAUCAACAGACAAGAAAAACUUUGACUCGAAGCCAAAACAAUUAAAAGAUCACACCAAAUGGUGGAAGAGUAAGAGAAGUAAAUCAACAAGCGAAAGGAACAGUUCAAAGGUGGAUUCUGACAAAGGAUCUUCGAGCACUUGCUCCCAGCAAGCACUGAACCCACCACCUCCUUGUGAUGUUACAAUAGACGAACUAGCCAGCUAUUUUGAAACUUUUGUUCAUAUUCCUAAGAAAAUGUCCACAAUGGCAGAGAUGAUGUAUAUUUAAAAUUAACAUUUUGUGGAUAACAUUUAACACUGUUCAUGAAUGUUUAGGUGUUUAUCCGUCUACCUGCGUUUUUAUAUGACUAGUUUAUUUCGUUUUUAAUUAUAACUAUUGUAAUAUAUAUAAUUAUAUUAUAUUCUUUUAAAUGUCCUUUAUCAGAUUUUAAAUGUUAUAAGAAAUGAAUAUUGUAACAAAUAUUUUGAAAGAUAUCUAAAUGAUUCUGAUAGUAAAUUACCAUCAUAUU